AAAAGUCAUCAACACAAAAGGGCAUUUCAUUUUUUUUCCCCCAAAUCCAAUGACAUUUCUUGUUGAUUUCACGUCGAAUUAGUUUGACAGCUCAACCAAAUGCAAAACUAGACGUUUGUGGCCAGUGGGGUGGGAGCCCAGCGAGCAGCGCAGGCACCGUCGGUCCGUCCAUCCUUCCAGCAGCCAGUCCCUCUUCUGCAGAGCGCACUCACUCACUCACACGCACGUACUCACGCACACAAACACGUUGUAGUCAGUCCUACCGUGUGCGUUGCGUGCAGGGCAGCUCGGCUCGCUGCUCGCAGCUGGGAUAGGACGAGAAAGAAGACCACGGGAGAAGGAGAAGACAAGGGGUGUGUGAAAAGGGACUUACGUUCGACUGGAAGAUGUUGGACUGGGAUAUUUGUACCGCGGCGGACCAAGGAACACGGUACACAAUGAGCUCUAUUGGAUUACAGUGAUUGUGCUGCUCUUUCUCCGCGGUGUGUGUGGAGUUAUCAACAGGAUUAAUAUUCUAUACCUCGGGAAAGAAGGAAUAAACGCUUGUCUUCAUUUGGUUUGAGUUCCAGAGGACGCGGGGGGGAACCGGCUGGGCUGUUGUAAUGUCACCUCAUCACCCCGCUGUUCUGAAGCUCUAUGAAAGGGAGAGGCUGAGAUGAAGUGUCUCAACAUGUCAGUGGGCAGGGGGCUGACCCUGGCCUUCCCAGCUCUCCUGUGUUCCCUGGUUACCCUGGUGACCCUGGUCAUGGAGGUCGAAGGUCAGAAGGUCCCCAUCCUCAACAUCGCUGUGAUCCUGGGCCGCACGCGCUACAUCUCCGACCGGGACAUUCGGGCUCUCUGGAGCAAAGACGACCCCAUGGACGUCAACGUGGUCACCGUAUUGGUCAACGAGACUGACCCCAAGAGUAUUAUCACCCACGUGUGCGACCUGAUGUCUGGGACCAAGAUCCACGGGGUGGUGUUCGGAGACGGGACGGACCAGGAGGCCAUCGCUCAGAUAUUGGAUUUUAUUUCCUCCCAGACACUGAUCCCCAUCCUGGGCAUCCACGGGGGAUCCUCCAUGAUCAUGGCUGAUAAGGUGAGGAGGGAGGGAGGGAGAUCCUCUAUGGUCAUGGCUGAUGAGGUGAGGAGGGAGAUCCUCUAUGGUCAUGGCUGAUGAGGUGAGGAGGGAGAUCCUCUAUGGUCAUGGCUGAUGAGGUGAGGAGGGAGAUCCUUUAUGGUCAUGGGUGAGGAGGGAGAUCCUCUGUGUUCAUGGCUGAUGAGGUGAGGAGGGAGAUCCUCUAUGGUCAUGGCUGAUGAGGUGAGGAGGGAGAUCCUCUAUGGUCAUGGCUGAUGAGGUGAGGAGGGAGAUCCUCUAUGGUCAUGGGUGAGGAGGGAGAUCCUCUGUGUUCAUGGCUGAUGAGGUGAAGAGGGAGAUCCUCUAUGGUCAUGGCUGAUGAGGUGAGGAGGGAGAUCCUCUAUGGUCAUGGCUGAUGAGGUGAGGAGGGAGAUCCUCUAUGGUCAUGGCUGAUGAGGUGAGGAGGGAGGGAGGAGGGAGAUCCUCUAUGGUCAUGGCUGAUGAGGUGAGGAGGGAGAUCCUCAAUGGUUAUGUCUGAUGAGGUGAUGAGGGAGAUCCUCUAUGGUCAUGGCUGAUGAGGUGAGGAGGGAGAUCCUCUAUGUUCAUGGCUGAUGAGGUGAGGAGGGAGAUCCUCUAUGGUCAUGGCUGAUGAGGUGAUGAGGGAGAUCCUCUAUGGUCAUGGUUGAUGAGGUGAGGAGGGAGGGAGGGAGAUCUUCUAUGGUCAUGGCUGA